UGUUGUUGGACGCUGGGUCCGGCCUGGUGAAGCUGUCGAGUGGGGCCCGCCGGGGAAUUUGUGCCUCUCCCGGGGACAGCGGAGAAUUGGGCUCGGUUCCGGUGUGUGAGCGAGCAGGUGGAAAAGCUGCUGUCUGGAAGCCCCGGUUUUAAGCCACCAGAUCAGGUGCAACUGUUAAACUGGAUCAAACGUGGACCAGUCUGGGUUCAGGGUUAAACUGGAUCAAACGUGGACCAGUCUGGGUUCAGGGUUAAACUGGAUCAGUCUGGGUUCAGGGUUAAACUGGAUCAGUCUGGGUUCAGGGUUAAACUGGAUCAAACGUGGACCAGUCUGGGUUCAGGGUUAAACUGGAUCAAACGUGGACCAGUCUGGGUUCAGGGUUAAACUGGAUCAAACGUGGACCAGUCUGGGUUCAGGGUUAAACUGGAUCAAACGUGGACCAGUCUGGGUUCAGGGUUAAACUGGAUCAAACGUGGACCAGUCUGGGUUCAGGGUUAAACUGGAUCAAACGUGGAUCAGUCUGGGUUCAGGGUUAAACUGGAUCAAACGUGGACCAGUCUGGGUUCAGGGUUAAACUGGAUCAAACAUGGACCGGUCUGGGUUCAGGGUUAAACUGGAUCAGUCUGGGUUCAGGGUUAAACUGGAUCAGUCUGGGUUCAGGGUUAAACUGGAUCAGUCUGGGUUCAGGGUUAAACUGAAUCAAACAUGGACCAGUCUGGGUUCAGGGUUAAACUGGAUCAAACAUGGACCAGUCUGGGUUCAGGGUUAAACUGGAUCAGUCUGGGUUCAGGGUUAAACUGGAUCAAACAUGGACCAGUCUGGGUUCAGGGUUAAACUGGAUCAAACAUGGACCAGUCUGGGUUCAGGGUUAAACUGGAUCAAACAUGGGCCAGUCUGGGUUCAGGGUUAAACUGGAUCAGUCUGGGUUCAGGGUUAAACUGGAUCAGUCUGGGUUCAGGGUUAAACUGGAUCAGUCUGGGUUCAGGGUUAAACUGGAUCAGUCUGGGUUCAGGGUUAAACUGAAUCAAACGUGGACCAGUCUGGGUUCAGGGUUAAACUGGAUCAGUCUGGGUUCAGGGUUAAACUGGACCAGUCUGGGUUCAGUGUUAAACUGGAUCAGACGUGGACCAGUCUGGGUUCAGGGUUAAACUGGAUCAGAUGUGGACCAGUCUGGGUUCAGUGUAAAAACUGGAUCAAACAUGGACCAGUCUGGGUUCAGGGUUAAACUGGAUCAAACGUGGAGCAGUCUGGGUUUAGGGUUAAACUGGAUCAAACGUGGACCAGUCUGAGUUCAGUAUAAAAACUGGAUCAAACGUGGACCAGUCUGGGUUCAGUGUUAAACUGGAUCAGAUGUGGACCAGUCUGGGUUCAGUGUUAAACUGGAUCAGACGUGGAGCAGUCUGAGUUCAGUACUAAACUGGAUCAAACGUGGACCAGUCUGGGUUCAGUGUUAAACUGGAUCAGACGUGGACCAGUCUGGGUUCAGUGUUAAACUGGAUCAAACGUGGACCAGCCUGGGUUCAGGGUUAAACUGGAUCAAACAUGGACUAGUCUGGGUUCAGGGUAAAACUGUAUCAAUCAUGGAUUAGUCUGGGUAUUGUAAUGAAGUAAGUUUAAAGAGGUACUGGGACUGUGUUUUCAUUUCAGGUUACCAGCCUUUGCAGAAUUCUUCCUCUUUGCUCAUCUAUUAACUGUUCUGUGUAUUGCUGGUGAAUGUGGAAAUGGUGUUUCCUUUGAUUUAAGCUUUACAUACUUUAUUUAUAAUGUCCUUGGGACAUUCAUAUAACUCUUUUGGUAAGCAUGAUUUAAUGAAUGAAUUGGUAAACAAUGAUUUCAAAACUUCAAUUUAAAUGGCGAUGUAUACAGAUGUGGACAACAAUUAUUGCACUGACUUUUGUGCAGAUUUCCAAACGAUAGGUUUAAGAUAAUAUAAACAGAAAAUGCAGGUACAGCCACAUCUGUGAAGAGAAAAACAGUGUUGAUAUUUCAGACCUUUCAUUAAAACUGGAUGAAAUAGAUCUAAGACAGUAUUUUUCCACUCUGGGUGACUAUAAGACUCCAGAUGAUAUUGCAGUUUGCUAUAGAAUGUCAUAAGUGUUCCAGAUAUUUGUUUUGUGCAUAGAAAGAGACUAAAUGCAGGGAGUUAAGGAGUUAAAUGUUUUCACCUGUUAUGUGCAGUCCUCGCUUGUGAGUUGUGAACGGAAGUAGAUUUUGGAUAUGAGUCCACAGGUUUAUGUAAUAACUCUUUUCUCAUUGUUGAAAACUCCUAAAUCAGUCAUGCUUAGUGUUUUAAUCAAAGGGUUAAUUCUCUGAAGACUUGAAUUGAAUGUAAGGAUUAUAAAAUUCAAAAUAGCUUAAAAAUAUAUUUUAUUUUAUAGUUUUGGUUUGUUUGUAGUGAUCUCCCCCAAAUAAAGACAGAAAAUGCUGGGAGUACUCAGCAGGUCAGGCAGCAUCUAUGGCGAGAAACAGAGUUAAUGUUCCAGGUCGAUGACUUUUCAUCAGAAAUUAAUAGCUGGGACUAAGCAUAUGAGAUAUGGGGAGAGCUUGAAGAGCUGGGAAUGUUUACACAGGCAAAGAGAAGGCUUGGGGUAAUCUUACAGAAGUAUUACUUCUAAAGAGCAUGGAGAAAAAUAAAUGCAAAUGUAUUUCCCACAACUACAGACUUAAAGCCCAAGGUUAACCUUAAAAACAGCAGUGGAGAUUUAAUGGCUUUACACAGAGAGUGGUACGGGUUCUCGAUGCAGGGAGUGAAGGCCAAUUGUUGAAUUGUGAUUUGUGAGCUGAAGAGGAGAUUAGAUUAGGAUCUGGCAAAAAAAACCUGACAAGGUGUAAGAGAGGCGGGAUAAAUAUUUCCUUGACAGAGGCAGGCCCGAUAAACCACAGUCCUAUUCCCGCCUUGUACAUUCCGAUGUUCUUGUAUGAUGUUUGCCCGUUCUUGUACCUCGUACCCAAGUCAUGCAAUUCACUCCGUGUUUCCUGUUAAUAGAUUGCACAAAAUGCCUGCCGAAGGAGCUCCUUCUGUUGAUAUUUCAGCAGAUUGCGACAGACCAGGCGGGGUAGAUUCUGCAAUUCGUGGCAUCUCAUCGGCUCUGGACACUCUUCAAGAAAAUGGAUUCCCUGAUAAUUGUUUGGAUGCCUCUGCUGACAGCACGUCUGACAGCAGACCAUCCACUUCCACUGCUUUCCAACCUGCCGACACAAAGAGUGCUCACAAAGUCCUCCAGAUUGACCGGCAGCAGAUUCAGGCUGUGGAACAGAGCGCUCAGGCUUUGGAGCUGCGUGGUCUGGGAGUAGAUGUCUAUGACCAAGAUGUGCUGGAGCAAGGCGUUCUCCAGCAAGUGGACAGAGCCAUCAAUGAAGCCAGUCAGGCAGUCAAAAGAGCUGAGGCAGAGAAGGAGUACCAUUCCGUUUUAGAUGAUCUGAGAUCCACUACCGCAUGUCUGAAGCAUACAAAUAAGAUAAUUGAGCAGUUGGUGCCUCAUGCCGAAUCAAAUAAAGAUGUGAACAGGAAGCUGGAGUCUGUGAAAAGACAGAAAGAAAACAAGGAGAAGCAGUUGAAAAAGAUAAGGGCCAAACAGAAACGCCUCCAGGCAGUGCUCAGUGGUGCCGACAUUCAGAAGCUUGAAGCUGAAUUCGAAUCUUGCGAUGAAGAACCAGGUCCUUCAUCAUUGGGAAGUAUGUUGAUGCCAGUCCAGGAAACAGAAUGGGAGCAUUUAAUCCGUACAGGACAGAUGACACCUUUUGGGACCAAAAUACCUCAGAAAGAAACGAAAAAGGAGCCUCGCAAGAUCAUGUUGAAUGAUGCGUCAGACUUUGAGAAGUAUCUGGCUGAUCAGGCAAAGAUGUCUGCAAUACGGAGAAAAUCUUUCACUAGAGGAACUAAGAAGAGAAAAGCAGCAGGCCAGGCCCAAGCUGAAACCUCAGAUAGCAAAACUCAAAAUCUAAAAGAUAGCCACAAGAAAAAUGGCAGUGUAUCAAGAACGGACCAGAAACUGAAAAAGCAUUUGCAGAAACUGCAACGCAAAACUCUUGAGAUUAAAUUUAAAGCAAGAGUUCCAGCAGAGAAGAUCUCCCUGCAAGAACGAGCGAGAGGGCGAGAAGACAAAGGCUCAGACAGUGAAGAGUCCCUCUUCGUGCCCGAUGAGGAGUUGCUUUACCCAGAUGAAAACAGUGAUAGUGACGUUGAAUUUUUGGAUAACGGCAGGUUUAAGAAAGCACCAAAAAAACAACGAAAACCGAACUACUCGAAUGAAGCUUUCUCACCAAGCUCAGGGGAGGAUGAAUCAGGAUGCAAGAUAAAAGCACACAAGGAUGAUGGAAAUGAAGAGCUUUACAGGAAAAGAUUAAGGAGAUGGAAAAGGAACCGGCUUCUGGAAAAGGAAGAACGGCGAGCUAAAGGUGAAGGUGCUGCAUCUGAUGAAAGUGACGCAGAGUUUGAUGAAGGAUUCAAGGUGCCAGGCUUCUUUUGGAGAAAGUUAUACAAGUAUCAGCAGACAGGUGUGAGGUGGCUGUGGGAAUUGCACUGCCAGCAAGCAGGGGGAAUUUUGGGAGAUGAAAUGGGACUGGGCAAGACCAUCCAGAUAAUUGCCUUCUUGGCAGGCCUGAGCUACAGCAAGAUAAGGACACGAGGCUCAAAUUACAGAUAUGAGGGCUUGGGACCUGUGAUUAUUGUUUGCCCAGCAACAGUGAUGCACCAGUGGGUGAAAGAAUUCCACACGUGGUGGCCCCCUUUCCGAGUGGCAGUUCUUCAUGAGACAGGUUCCUUUACCAGCAGAAAGGAGAGGCUUAUUCGGGAAAUUGCAGCAUGUGACGGUAUUCUGAUCACCUCUUAUUCCUACGUCCGAAUUAUGCAAGAGUCCAUUGCACACUACAACUGGCAUUACGUAAUUUUGGAUGAAGGGCACAAAAUCAGAAACCCAAGUGCUGCAGUUACUGUUGCAUGUAAACAGUUCCGCACUCCACAUCGCAUUAUCCUGUCUGGCUCACCGAUGCAGAAUAACCUGAAGGAGCUCUGGUCCUUAUUUGACUUUGUCUUUCCAGGAAAGCUAGGAACAUUGCAAGUCUUUAUGGAACAGUUUUCUGUCCCUAUCACAAUGGGAGGCUAUCAAAAUGCCUCACCUGUUCAGGUGCAAACUGCCUAUAAGUGUGCUUGUGUUUUACGGGACACCAUAAAUCCUUAUUUGCUGCGACGAAUAAAAGCAGAUGUAAAAAUGAAUCUGGCAUUACCAGACAAGAAUGAACAGGUCCUGUUUUGUCGUUUAACAGAAGAACAACGUGAAGUCUACCAAAAGUUUAUAGAUUCCAAGGAAGUCUAUCAGAUUCUCAACAGAGAAAUGCAGGUAUUCUCUGGCCUGAUAUCCCUCAGAAAGAUCUGCAAUCACCCUGACCUGUUUUCCGGUGGCCCCAAGAUUCUGAAGGGGGUACCUGACGAGCAGCUGACUGAAGAAGAGCACUUUGGGUAUUGGAAGCGGUCUGGAAAGAUGAUCGUGGUCGAUGCCUUGCUAAAACUGUGGUACAAACAAGGACAUCGUGUACUGCUUUUUUCUCAAUCCCGACAGAUGUUGGACAUCUUGGAGGUGUUUAUACGAAAUCUAGGCUAUUCUUAUUUUAAAAUGGAUGGAACAACUGCAGUAGGUUCUAGACAGCCGCUCAUUUCUAGAUACAAUGAGAAUUCCUCUAUAUUUAUCUUCCUCCUUACCACUAGAGUUGGUGGUUUGGGAGUUAACUUGACAGGAGCAAACCGAGUUAUUAUCUACGACCCUGACUGGAACCCGAGCACUGACACACAGGCCCGAGAGCGUGCCUGGAGGAUAGGCCAAAAGAAGCAAGUUACUAUUUACAGGUUACUGACAGCCGGAUCGAUUGAAGAAAAGAUCUACCACAGGCAAAUUUUCAAGCAGUUCCUGACUAAUCGAGUAUUGAAAGACCCAAAGCAGAGACGGUUUUUCAAAUCUAAUGAUCUCACUGAGCUUUUCACGUUAAGCAGCCUAGAUGGCUCUCAGGAAACAGAAACAAGUGCAAUUUUUGCAGGCACAGGUUCAGAUGUUCAUGUGCCUACCACUCACAGAAAGAAAACUGGGAAAAUCUCAGGUUCUCCAUGGAAGAAAAACGUCUCACCAUCAAACCAAGAUGCCAGCAAACAUAUCAAAUUACCACCUGAUUUGCCUUCCCAGUGCUAUUCGGAGAAAAAACAGCCAGGAAGUCUUUCUGUUCACUCACAAAAUGAAGUGAAAGAGAGCAAUGUUUUUGGCAGUGGUGAAACUGUUACUCAGGUAAACCAAAGAAUGAAAGAUGAGGAAUUUCCAAAGAGUUCAGAGACAGAAUAUCAUGGCUUGAAUAUUAACUUGGGCAGUGGUCGGCCUGCCAGUUCUGUGCAUAAGGAAGCUGAUAGCAAUUCUAAUAGUGCAGAAUUUAAAACAUCAAUAACCUCUAUAUCCAUCAGUAAAGCUGGACUAUCUGAUCAUGAGCACGGACUAGGACAAAAUGUAUUGGAUGAGGACAGCAGACACUGUACUCUGAAUUCAGAAACAUCGCAAAAUACAGCUGGCACUGCCUUGGUUGAAACUGACAAGAGUCAUAAACUUUGUCAUAAACACCAGUCUAAAACAAAACAUCAAACAACUGAGGUUGUGCAGAGUGAUGCUCUUUCAGUCAACAGACAUAAAGAUAAGCACAAACACAGAAAACACAAACGCAACAGAGAUGCAAAAUUUGAAGGCGAGCGUAUUCCUCACUUGGUAAAGAGGCAGAAAAUGCAAAGGAAGGACAGUGAGGAGGAACAAAAGGAAAAGGAAGUCUGCAGGCAGAGUGACGAUUAUGUGUUGGAAAAGCUCUUCAAAAAAUCUGGAAUCCACAGUGUGAUGAAGCAUGAUGUCAUUAUGGAGUCAUCCAAUCCUGAUUAUGUAUUAGUUGAAGCAGAAGCUAAUCGAGUUGCUCAGGAGGCUUUGAAAGCACUGAAGGCCUCAAGACAGCAUUGGCUAGGUGCCUCUGGUGCGCCAUCCAGGAUCAGCGGCACUCAGCUGCCAGGAACAUCAGCUGGUAUAAAGCUGAGAUUUGGUCAGAAGAAAAACCCACUGCUUCCAACUAGCAGCCCUUCUUCCAAAUCCACUCCAGAAAAAUGCAAGGAUGCUGCUGUCAUUGAAAAGGACAAAGUUGCCAGGUCUCAUUUCAGUGGUGUUGCAACAGAAGAGGAGGCGAGUCGUAUGCUUCCAUCCUCUUCCUCGCUGCUGGCCAAAAUGCGAGCGAGGAAUCACUUAACUUUGUUCCAAAGGCUUGAAAGUGACGAGAGCUCCGAGCCGGCGGCGGCGGCGCCCCCUCCUGUUCCAACUGAGCAUGACGACCUGUUAGUGGAAAUGCGGAACUUCAUUGCAUUCCAGGCUAACAGCGACGGGCAAGCCACGACUGCUGAGAUAUUACAGGAGUUCCAGCCCAAGUUAUCCACUGCACAGACAGCUGUUUUCCGAGAACUGCUCAGGAACUUGUGCACUUUCCACAGAAAUGCAUCCGGGGACGGAAUUUGGAGACUGAAAUCAGAAUUUCGGUGAACAUUCCUGGUGCUGCUGCUAUUCAUGCCAGCAGUGUGACUGAGUGCUGGAUUUAAUUGCUGCUAUGUAAUGCAAUAAUUUUAAUAGAAAAGGUUGAAUUAUCUGUGACAACAAAAAGAAAACUUGAAAUUGCAGAACUGAUUUCAAUUUUCUCCCCUGCAGGGAUAAAAUUUCUUACUGAAACUGCUAGAAAUGUGUACUUUUUAGUCAGUGACAUAGAAGAAAGAUUUUUAACUAGCGUUUUUGUUGGAGGUUUAAUGUUGAAAAGUUGCUACUGACCUCACAAAUGGAAAUGGACUUUUAAGACUACAGUGUGUCAAGUUAAAUCUGUGAUUUCAUUGCACUUAACUUCCAUUCCCUGAAAAUUACUGUACUUUUAAUCCUAAGAUAUUUGAAAUGUUUCACUUUUUGAUCACCUGAUUUAUUUGGAACCAAACAUGUUUGGUAGCCUGGGAAAUGUUUAAUUAGCAUUACCCAAUUAAUAACUAAUAAUUAGUAAACAGUUAAGAACUAGAUUCAUACAAAUAUCAUAAACCAAAAGCAUUCUUUUUAUUUUUGUAAAAAUGUCUUUUCAUUACAUUGAGUUGGUUUUAGGGGAAUGGGUGAAUGUAGUCAGAACAUGUGUUCAAGUUACAGACUGUAAAAUGGGGCACUGGAUUAUCCAGUAAGAUAAAAUAAUGCUAUGGAAGAAUCCACUUUAAGUUAAUGAGAUUUAAUGUGAUGCCAGUAGGCAUUUUUUGUUAAUUUAUCAUUGCCCCAUUGCCUCUACUUCACACAGGUCUUAUAUUGCUAAAUGUGCUCUCCAGUUGAACUGCUUGUGCUUUUUUCCACAGUUGAAGUAGGCAUAGUAUGAAAAUUCCAUGCCCCCAAUACUAGCCUAUUCUGAGAUCCCAGCAGUAACACAGGGAAAAGGAAGAACUUGCAUUUAUGUAGCACCUUAUCACUUCUUCAGUGUUUUGCAACUAGUGAAUUACUUUUUGAAGUCCAGUCAUUCUUAUGUGGACAGUAACCAAUCUAAGCAUAAAGAAAAGUCCACCAGCAUCAAAUGAAUCAGUGACCAGAUCAUUUGUUUUUUAUAGUGUUGGACAAAACAUUGGGAGAACCUCCUGCACUUCUUUGAAUGUUGUUUUCACACCAACUUGAAUGGCGGAGCGUAGGUCUAAUGUCUCAACUCCUUUGAUAGUAUAGCACUUCCUCAGUACUGUACCCUGAGCUAAAAGCCUGUAGGGAGGCUUGACCCACAAUCUGCUGAUUCAGGCAAGAGCAUUAGUAACUAAGCUAGUUCAGAAUAUACUAUAUUUAGUUUGUGUAAGAAAAGUUUUAUUUAAAAUGCUAAGCCUGGUUUACACUAAGAAUGAAAGUUGACAUUAAAUGUCCAGAACUCAUUCAAUUCCUUCAGACAGUGUUAUCAAAAAUGAUCUCUUCAGUUUUUUUUUCACUUUUUGAAUGGGUUUAAUAAUAUUUGUCCUUAUAAAUUGCUGUUUCAAUGUUGAAUAGAACUUAAUACUUCACUUAUUAAAUUAGGAUUUGAACAAGUGUUUGAUUCCUUAUAUUGAUUGACAACGAUGAAACCUCAAAUCCUAUACUUGUGAUUCAGUACUCCAAUCUCUUCUAAGUUGCUUUAUGAAUGUAGUUUUUCCUCCCUGCUCAGGGUAUUUUAAACCAGAAUCUGGAAACAAUUAAGAUGCAACUUGUACAGAAUAUUGAGGAUUAAAUUCCACUUUGUAUUUGUCUAAAUUUUCAUUGUGGAUUUAAAUUCUUUCAAACUUUUUGCUUUCCCCUUUCACUGUAAGCUGUUUUACCAUUUCGUCCACAAUUCUGUACUAAGAAUCCUUGAUUUUUUUUUUUAGUAUUCUUUGACUCAAAAUGAAAAGUUAGAUAACACAAAUUACGAUAUAUGUUGAACAAUGUCUGUGGACCUAUUUUGGAGGAGGGAGAGAGAGGGUGAAAUUUCUCCUGUCGGUAAUUUUGAUGAAAAAGUAGAGUACAAGAUUAAAACUCCCAUUUUGAGAUUCCAGAACUUUUUCAUUAAAUUUUCAACAGGAGGAGUUUUUGCCCAGGUUGCCUCCAGCAAUGCACAAUCACGCUCAGCGUCCCAGUGAGUGUUGACUGGAGAUCCAAAAGUUAUUUAUGACUGUAUAAAAGUACAGUCACCAUUGUUCAAUUUCCACAAUAUUUCUUCAAAUUGCAACAAAGUUUCCGGAAAAUAAGCAAACAAUUUCAGUAUGAAUUUCUGUUGUGCAUUUUUGACGGGUGAAUACAAUUUUGUGCUCAGUUACAGAAUGCGCCAGAAUCAAAAAGAAGUUGUAAUUUGAUCGUUGUUCCGUAAUGAGAUUGUUGGCUGCUUACUUGUGAUAUCUUUUAAGAUUCAGGGUAUCUUCCAACUGACUGUACGUAGUCUGCUGUUUAACACAUUCCCACCUACGUUCCUUCACCUCGUCAGUUGUCACUAUUACCAUUCUGUCGCGCUCUUUUUUUUUGUUUUAUUCCAAAAUGACCUGGAUUUGUCUAUUUGAUCUAAAUUGAAACCUUUCAACAAGUGAAGGGUAACUGAGACAAUGAUUUUGCUGCUUUUUGGAUUAAGGAUGUGGAUUAUUUUCGUCUAAACGAAAAUAAUUUCCUGAUGUGAUAGGUAAGCUGUGCUGCCAGUAGAUCACAGGUAAAUCAGAAAGCUGAUGUCUUAAAUUUGUUGUGGUAGGUAUUAAUGUGGUAAAAUUCAAUGAAAGUGUCUUUUGCACAUUUUAAUUGCAUUUUCAACACAUCAAAAUGCUGGAAUAAAAAGCUGAUUUUCUAUCAGUUUUGGCAAGGGAAGUUUCACUUGACACCAACCUUCAAACGUUUUUGGGGGAAAUCAUUUCAGCAGCUUGAGUUGAUAAAAGAUGUCUCUAUGAUGUUAGUAUGUCAGAUGACGUGUUUAUAUUAUGCAUUAAUGUAGAAAAUACUUUCAGGUGUUUUAUGGUUGUUGGAGUUGGGUACAUGAAUGGUGGUGGAAGGAAAAAAACAAAUAGAUAAGGAAAGGGCUAUGGAACUAUGGGGGCUGAGGGGUGACCAAAAGCUUGGUUAGAAGGAUCAAUUUGGAGAUGGCGACAAACAAGGCUGAUUCGGGAAAUGCUAAAGCAGUUUAAUUUUUUUAGUUUUAAAACUAUGGUUUAUUUUCCGAUUAUUCUGUUAUACUGCCAAGAAAUUCUAAGAAUACAGUAUAGGAAUAUAUUUUUGUAAACUUAGAAUACUAGAGGGACAGAAUUUCAUCUCACCCUCCUGCCAAUGAAAUUCCAUGAUAUCACUGCACUCCUUAAUGUGCGAGUUGAAUUACAUUUCAUUUUUGUACUUAAUAUAAUUGAAGGGAAAUAUGUUUACCACUGUUACAUACAUUUAAAUAUUUUCAUAUUGCUUUCUAAACACAUUAAUGCUAAUGGAAAUUAUAAUUAUUAAAUGUACAGGACAGCACCAGUUAAUUGCUUAAAUAUUGAAAAGCACAGCAUGUGUCUGAAUAGAGUGUAGUAGGCUUAAACAAACUUCAUGUCAAAUACAAAAGGAGCUAUCUUCAGAAGAAAUCAUUUUUUUAAAAAUACCUUUGCUUUCCUGUACAGUUUAAUCAAUAGGAUGUGGCCCUGACAUUUGAAUGCUGCAUGUUAGGUUGAAGAUGCCUACUUUAAAACACUUGUUGAAUAGAUUAACUGCUAAUUAGCCUCAAAGGGUGGACAUUAAAAUGUUUGUUGAACGAAA